AUGGCAACGGCGAAGAAGGGGACGGCGACGCCGCUGGCCUCCGCGUUCUCGCCGGAGGAGACGAGGAGAGCCGUGUCCCGCGUGGCCCAGGCCAUCGCCGACCGCCGCGCCGACCUCGCGCGCGUCCAGGGCUUCUUCGCCGACAACGCCGCCCUCGUCAACCUCGUCCAGCGCCUCCCCGACGAGCUCUCCCACCAAAUCAUGGUCCCCUUUGGUGGCGCCGCCUUUUUCCCUGGGAGCUUGAUCCACACCAAUGAGCUCCUGGUGCUUCUGGGGGAUGGGUACUACGCUGAUAGGUCUGCGAAGCAGACGACCGAGAUACUGCACAGGAGGGGGAUGGAGUUGGAGGCUCAAAUGGAGGCCAUCAAGGCAACCAUCUCCGACCUCGAGGCUGAGGCCAAGUUCUUCGAGUCCACCGCUGCGGAGGCUUCGGAGGGUCUUGUUGAAAUAAGGGAAGAAUAUGAUGAAGAAGACACAGAAAUAAUUUCAUCAAAAACAGAGGCUUCAAGUUCUUCUGGGGGCAUAUCAGAUGAGGAACAUGCUCGGAUGAUGGCUAGGUUUGAUGAGCUUGAAAUGUUAGAAAAGGAAGCUGGAAGUACUUCCGAAGAUGAAGGUGAUGAUGACGACGACGAUGGUGACGAUGAAGAUGCUGGAACAAGUGAGGAUGGUGAGGAAAAUGGGGAAACAUUAAGUUAUGGCAAUGAGCAUGACAAUGUUAGUUUUGGUGCCUCAGUUUCUGGAAGUGGUGGUAAUGGCCAGAGUCAAGGAAAUGCCCAGCUGAAGAGUGCACUAAAGAAGCUAGGAGAGAAGGAAACACUACAAGGUUCUUCUCUUGCGCCAUCAGGCAGUACCUCCAUAACAAACUCUGAAGUUCAGGCUUCGCUUAGAAAAGCUGUUUCUUUUAAAGAUGAGAACGGGCAAAUAGUUAGUUCAUCAAGGUACUCUUCAGGACCCAAGGUUUCUUCAUCUCGCGAUCGGCAGAUACUACCAGGUGGACAAAAGGCUUUCACGGGAUCUAUUGUUGAACACGAUGAAGGUCUCUCAGUGAUCGAACAACCAAGGAGUAAUGAUAGUGAGAAACCUGCUAGUUCCGCUUCUUCUUCAAGGCCCAUGUCUAGAUUCAAGAUGCAGAAGGGAGGACGCUGA